AUGAGCAUCCCAACUGGUUACCAGGGACUGAGGGCCAAUGUUGACAGAGGGGAAAAGAUUGGAAACAAAACCCAGAUGCAGUUCCCCCAAGCCGGGGAUGAUAAUGCCAAUCGAUUGCACUCGAUCGGCGAUCACGAAGGAAAAGGGCUGAUAGAGGAUGCAGGGUUCAGCACGGGCUCGAUUCCUCCUUUAGUCUCUCAGAGUGACUCUCCGGACAAGCUGGUGAUCUGGGGUUCGGAGCAGCAAUGCAUGGAGCCUGAUCUCAGAGAGUUCGAGCUUUUGGAGUGCCAGGAGAUACAUGCGUUUUUGGGCAACAGGGAUCAGGGGGAGGACAAUGAGGAGGAGGACGAUGGCGGGAGUAUGAGAGAUGGAAAAGAUGAGGGCGCCAUGUCCAUAUCCUCAAGCUCAACUGCCAGUUCUGCUUCGAUCGGAGUGAGGAGGAAUGACAACGACAGCAACAAAGUGGAGGGUAGAGUACAGCGAGGUAAAGAGGUGCAGAAAAGGAUUGCCUGUCAUAGCACUGAAGAGCUAGACACAUGUGUGACGGGCUCAGUAGAGAAAAGGGACACCAGGUCAGGUAGAGCAGGAGACAGGGAGAGACGGAAGGGAGGUCUGAAGGAGUCCAAGUCGGAGACAAAUGUGUUCGUCUCCAGCCUGUCAGCCGUUUCCCUCAGCGGGAGCCUGUCAAGCGCUCUGGAUAGUAGCGGAGAAGCCCCGUCUCUCAUCUCGCUGUCCAACUCCAAGACCAACCCAUAUCCCAAUGCAAACAACACUACCUCAGCCCAGACCAGAAGAAGGGCACCUGCUGCAGAUGCCAACCAGAACUCCCCACCAUCGCAUCCUCAGGAGAAACAUGGCCAUCCUCAGUACUACGGCCAGGAUCAGAGACAGGAGGAUGGAAGUCAUCACAGAAAUGGAUUGUCUGCCGACGGGGGGCUGGGCCAAAGGAGGAGGGCUGGAUUUGAGGAGAGGGUGAUGCCGCCUCGACGGCAACAGCUCGUCAGACCCCUCUGUCAGACGGAGAUGGGAAGAGCGAUGAGCCUGCCAGAGCCCAGUGCUCAUCAAGCUGAGGCAGGGCAACCUUCCUCCACCAACCCCUCUCCAGACUCACACAGCAACGGGUCAAACAGGAAGUUUACAAAAUCGUCUUUACGCGAGCCAUCAGAUUUCUCCCCCCUGUACAAAGCAUCUGGUGCCUCGCAGCCCCGGCAGCCCAACCAGGCAGCCCUGAGGGAGGCUCCGCCUGCAGAGAAGCAGCCGGCUACAGCAGCAUGGCGUAAUUCAAGUCCUUCCAAUCCUUCCACCUUAGAGAAGAGGCCCCAGACUCAGCUCACAUAUAGGAGGAAUUGCUCCAGUCCCAACAGGACGGGGGUUGAUUCCAGGUCAUCUACCCCUCCCCACUCCCCUCUCAGGACACCCCAGGGUUCACCACGCAGGCAACCCUCCAUGUACCUCGUUUCCAGGAAUGUCUCUGGGGUGAUUAGACACAUCCCGUCCGGAUGCAACCCUGCUGUAACGACAUCAGCUCAGGGCUAUGGCAACAGUUGCGUGAGAGCACCAGUCAAAACCAAUAUAAGCACAAGUGGAAUCCCCAAAGCGCCUCUUAACAACCAGCAGAGCACUAACCACAACUCCAGCCCCAAAGAGAGCUCCCCAUCACCCAAACUUAAACCUAAAGGAGUUCGGCCCAAAAUCAUUACCUAUGUCCGAAAGAAUCCUCAGUUUAAGCCGCAGGCUUCUGACGGACCUUAUCAGGUAUCCUCUCUACCAUCCCGGCUCUCAGCAUACACACACGGCCAAGCUGCCACUUCCUUCAAAGACGCCCCUAAAGACCCCUCCAAGCCCGACGCAGAAACCAGAGGAGCCCCAGUACUCAGUGCCUCCAAUCUGCUUUAUGACAAAUACCGCCAAGAGAUGCAGACAAACGUGGGAAGAUCAGCCAGUUUUAAAGGGAACCCUGCUGAAGACGCACUGCAGGCCCGGACGGCCGCUCAGGCCGGAGGGAGCGGCAGCCUCCUGCGCUCCGGCAGAGGUCUGCGUCUGGGUCUGGGAGCUGUCACCAGGACCGGUGUGGGCUCAGCCAAGGGCAGAGGACCGGGUCAAGCUCAGAGGUCAACGCUAGUCUUCAGCCAGCCUGUCCAACCUGUCAGCCCGGCAACCAGUCAGAAAAGCCAAGAUAACACAGACGACCAGGUCUUCACCAGUCAUGCUCCCGCUCCUGCUCCGGCGACGGCGGCAGCCCAGCCCCAGGCAGCGGCCUCCAGGUCUCUGCUUCCCAAAGCAAGCCAGUCAGGCCUGCGCCCCCCGGGCUUCAGCUCCACCCGUCUCCCCGCGGGCCGCCUGGCAGCCUUUGGCUUCGUCAGGAGCUCCAGCGUGUCCUCCGUCUCCUCGGCCCACUCUGCCGACAGCACACAGAGCGACCCCUGCAGGACAGCCCACCGUCUGAGUGUGAGCGAGGAGCCUCCUCUUCACAGAGUGACCACCGGCCCGCCGUCGACAGAUCACCAGAGGGGGGCACCGUGUCGCAGCAACAGCCUCCAGCCGCCCUCGACCCCGGCCCUGCCCCGGCGCUACCUGCCCGCCCAGCCAAGAAGCUCCCCUGGAGUCGGCCGGAAGGAGUUCAAUCGGAGUUCAGAGGUCACGCGUUCUCUCCCGUCCUCCCCAAAGAGGCUGGCGGUGGUUCCUCCCAAACCUCAGUCUCCAGUCCAGUCAGGGCAGCGACCCGCAGCAGCAGUGCGAGGGUCGGCUCCCCCGGGGUCCCCUCGCCGCGUUCAGAGGCUGCAGGGACGCUGUGAGCAGCAGGAGAGGCAGCUGAGAGCUCUAAGAGAAGAACUGAGGAAGACUUCCUUGGGUCUGGAAGCCUUCAUCAUCACCACUCAGCAUUACUGCCUCAAGAAUAAAACUACAGAAGAAAAUCAGAGGAAAUUAUCGCUGGAAAUGCAAAAGAUCAGAGAGGAAAUGGCAUCCAACUCAGCACGAUGGGAGCGACUCCACCGGGAAAAGACGGCGCUGGAGGUGGCAUUUGAACGAGAGCUGCAGGAGCUGCAGCUGCAGCAGGAGGCGGAGCUGGCCGCGGUGGAGGAGGGGCUCAGGAAGUGCCACUCAGCGGAGGCUGAACACCUGAAGGCGGAGCAUCGGUCAGAGAUGGAGGAACUGAGGACUCAGCAACAGGAACAGAUGGAGGAGAUGACAGUCAACCACCAGGCAGCCAUUCAGGAGCUCAGAGACAUGCACAACAUCACCAUGGCAACACUGCAUGAGGAGCACGCCCGUACCAUGAGAGACUUAAGGAAAGCUCAUGAGCAGCAGAAGAUGCUUCUGGAGGAGGAUUUUGAGAAACACAGACUUGCUCUGCAGGAUCAAGUGGAUACGCUCACAUUUCAAAACCAGAGUCUGCGGGACAAAGCCAAACGCUUUGAGGAGGCUUUGAGGAGGAGUACAGACGAACAGAUAGUUGAUGCUCUGGCUCCAUAUCAGCACAUUGAGCAAGAUCUGAAGAGCUUGAAGGAGGUUGUGGAAAUGAAGAACCAGCAGAUACACCAGCAAGAGAAGAAGAUCUCUGAUCUGGAGAAAGUGCAGGCCCAAAAGAACGUGUUCCUUGAAGAGAAGGUCCAGGUUCUGCAGCAGCAGAAUGAGGAUCUGAAGGCUCGUAUUCAAAUGAACCUCACCCUGUCCAGGCAACUGUCAGAGGAGAACGCCAACCUCCAUGAGUCCGUCGAGAAGGAGAGCACCGAGAAGAAGAGGCUGAGUCGGAACAACGAGGAGCUUCUGUGGCGUCUCCAGACCAGCCCCCUCAUGUCCCCUGCCUCCUCCCCGCUGCACCGCUCCUUCUCCACCUCCCCCGUCCCAUCGUCCCCCUUCUUCUCCUCCUCACCCGGAGCGGGGUGCGACUCCCCCACUCACUGCCACGGCUGUCCCCAGCAGGCCCAAUACUCCUCCCCCUCCCACAGAGCCGCCGCCAAUCAAAACCUCUCCCCGGGACCAGCCACACCCACUCACAAGGCAGCAAGCAAUCACAAUUACUCACCCGGCCCGGCCACGCCCACACACAGAGUGUCGGCCAAUCGCUGCGGCUCUGCUGCUUGUCUCAGCUCUUUGCAGAGAUAA